GCUGUGCUGGUGGCACUGUCUCCCACAACCGUGGCUCCAGUUCCCGCGGUGCCAUAGUGCCAAGGCGACGACACUCGGGAAAAGUCUCUGAACAUCAAUACAGAGGACCUUCUCCCCUCCUCUCCCAACGGCAAUGAUGCAAACAGGUCCUUCAGUAGGCUGGAGUGCAGGCUCAGGAAGGCCCACUGUCAUCCAACCCUCAGCCUACCGUUCAACAGGCAACAGCGGAAUUGACUGCAUGUGUUGCACGUGCUGUCCUUGCAUUAACUUGGGUUUCCUGAGGACCAAAGCAGGAUGGCUCAAGGUCAUAGAAUUGGUUCUGUCAGCGAUAUGCUUGUUCUUGGUCCUUGACUACGGGAUGCAUUACGCUACAUUUAUCGGCGAAGCAUUUCACUUUUUCCUCGUCACGAAUUCCGCCUGCAUCUUCAUGGUGUGUCUCCUUACCUUCUGUUACAUUAUUUCGGCGAAUUCCUUCAACCUCAUUAGAUCUUCGGUGCUGGAAACCGUUUUCAACAUCUUGGCUUGUAUCUUGUACUUGCUCUCCUCCUCGCACCUGUCCUGGGCCGUCCAGACGUUGCUUUGGCCUCAGUACAGAAUCACACCCUAUUACACGGUCUAUCCAGCCAUGACCGCUUGCUAUGUUUUGGGUCUUGUUCUCGGCAUCAUCCACGGGAUCGAUGCUUGGCUCUCCUACAGGAAUCUGAAAGGCAGGCCGUGAUCUGGACGAGGGCGUUGCAGGCACCACGGCGACGCAGCACGGGAGUUCGAACACUUUUUCUUUUUUACUCAACAAGGAAGUUCUAACGUUUUUUUUUUUUUUUUU